CGAAGGCUUCCAUUCUGGCAAACCUCCAUUCCUAUCCAGAGACCUGAAGUUCCUCUCGUUUCUCUCUUUCGAGCGACAAUUUGAGUAUAAUUCUUUUCUGUUUAUUGAGAGUGAGAGAGAGAGAGAGAGAGAGAGAGAUUUCUGAUCUUCGUUCGUUGUAUGUACUACGCGUUUUGUGAUAGGAACGAUGAACGACGACGGGAAGAAAGGAGAUCAAAACUUGGAAACUCCAUUUCAUGUUGUUCAUAAGCUUCCUGCUGGUGAUAGUCCCUAUGUUCGAGCUAAACACGUCCAGCUCGUUCAGAAGGAUCCAGAAGCAGCCAUAGUUCUAUUUUGGAAGGCAAUCAAUGCAGGAGAUAGGGUAGAUAGUGCUCUUAAAGACAUGGCAGUUGUCAUGAAACAGCAAGACAGAGCAGAAGAAGCCAUUGAAGCUAUAAAUUCUUUCAGGGAUCGCUGCUCCAAACAAGCUCAAGAGUCAUUGGACAAUGUUCUCAUUGACUUGUACAAGAAAUGUGGAAGAGUUGAGGAGCAGAUAGAUCUGUUGAAGCAGAAACUUCGAAUGAUUAAUCAAGGAGAAGCCUUCAAUGGAAAGGCCACAAAGACAGCUCGGUCUCACGGAAAGAAGUUUCAGGUCACCAUUAGGCAAGAGACUUCAAGGAUACUGGGGAACUUAGGAUGGGCAUAUAUGCAGCAAGAGAACCACAAAGCAGCAGAAGUUGUAUAUCAAAAGGCACAAAUCAUAGAUCCAGAUGCUAACAAGGCUUGCAACUUAAGCUUAUGUUUAAUGAAGCAAGCUCGAUAUUCAGAAGCAAGGGCGGUGCUAGAACAAGUGCUACAUGACAAAGUUGGAGGAUCCAACGACCAAAAAUCAAGAAAACGAGCUGAAGAAUUAAUGAAGGAAUUGGAAGAAGCGGAAUCGGCAAACAAGUUGUUGAUGAUGGGUUUGAGUAGUGGGGGAAGUGAAGAUUAUGAUGAUGGAUUCAUCAAUCAGUUGGUGACGAACCAAAGGUCGCCGUUGAGAUCUAGUAGAAGGCUUCCGAUAUUUGAAGAAAUUUCUCAAUUUAGAGAUCAAUUGGCUUGUUGAUCCAUUAGAAUGAAUUUCUUCUUUUUGUUAUUUUAGUAUACGUGAGAGAUAGAGACAGUACAAGAAGAAAAGUGAAUGAUUGGGUUAAGAUUUAAGAAGACGAAAGAGACUCGUCUUCUUGUGUGUUGUAUAGUUGUUAGAGAGAGAUCACAUUUUUUCUUUGUUUGUGCAAUUGUUUUGUUCAAUAAUGCACUACAUCAACGUCAACAAUUUUGUUCAUAUUUUUAUUAAGGCUUAAACAUUUUGAUACUGAA